UAUAAAGACGCGAGAGGGCGUCGCAAUCACUGUCCGCGCGCGCCUCUGUGCAUCGACGGAGAAGAGUCCGCGAGUUGGGUUCGAGUUUCUGGCGCGCCACUUCAACCCCCGCUUUUGCCUGUGCCAGGCAGUGUCGCUUCGCCGGAGUUCACACACACAACGAUGCAGUUCGUCCAGCGGCUUUCGUCCCUGCUCCUUCUCCUGACGCUGUGCGACAGCAUUCGAGCGCAGGACUCCAAUAUGACGAACGCGACGACGGCUCAGCCGCCGCCCACGCCAAUGCCGAUGAACCAGACCGCCGCGUCCGAGCAGCAGCAACCGUCGUCCGUCUGGACGACCGAGGAGCUGGUCGCUGACCUCUCGCUGCCCGGUGCGCCGAACGCGACGCUCGACGUCAGGUACGACGGGCCGCUUCAGGUGACGCUGGGCAACAAGCUGACGCCUCAGCAGGCCAGCGCCGCUCCGACCGUGUGCCUGAACGCCAGCGUCGAGUGCGAGCCGCCGUUCGCGCUGCUCAUGGUCGAUCCGGACGCUACGAGCCGUCAGAAUCCGCAGUUCCGCAGCUGGCUUCACUGGAUCGUGGUCAACGUCAACGGCACGGACAAGCUUCACGAGGGAGACCAGGCCGUGCCGUACAACGGCCCUGCUCCGCCCAAGGGCUCGGGUCCUCACCGGUACGUGUUCCUGCUGUACUGUCAGCGCGGCAGACGACUUCAGGGCUCCGAGCUGGCGCCCGAGAAGCGGAACAACUUCAACCUGACCGACUUCGUCAACAAGACGGAGCUCGGGGCGCCUCUGGCCGGAAACUUCUUUUUCGCCGAAAAUCCGUGAAGAGAGUGUUUACCAUUUUAUUUUUUUCGCAUGCUUUGAACGGCCACCGACCUCUCUUUCUGGAAAGUGCGCAUAAGCGGUGCUACAAUGCGAAUGCUGAACGAUGAACGGACAAGUGAAGAUGUCAUGUAAAAAGUAUUUAGAAGCUAUGAUAGUGCAUCGAGUUCGUAUAUAGUCAGCCAUCUACGUUCGGCGUAGAUUACGCUUCCCGUCGUUUUUCGUGCACAACUUCGAGAAACGCAGACGGACAGCACAAGAGCGCUCACUGUGAUAACUAUACCUGUACAGUUUACAUGCUUCCCCGAACGCCCUAUUGUUUUAUGUUUCAAGCAAUCGCACAUAAGCGCGUUUCAUUUCCUGCAAACACUUCUGCAAACACUCCUAUUGCAGACAGGCAGGCGUUGUGUCCCUCCUGGAGGCAUUCACCAGGAUAGAAUAGGAUAUCAUUCUACACCAGCCUGUCUCCAUUUCUUCCUUCUUGUUCUUCUUUCUUUCAUGUUCAACUUCGAGGUGCUACUAAUAAAAAAAAGCCUGUUCUCCGCUUUGCUUGAAACGAAGUGCUACUUUUGAAAAAGCUCUGUCAUUGCGUUUUGGAUAACGCUGUAAAACGAAAAGUCAAUAAAGUGCUGGCGCACACAAUUUUCGAAUGAGA